AUGAGCACAAAAAGGCGUGGGGCGGCUGCUGCUUCCCCGGAUGUGAGGCUCCGCGGCCAAAAGCGCCGGAAGGUGUCUGAAGAAAGCCCCGUCAGCCCCGAUGAAGCUGAGCAAUCGCCAUCUCGUGAGGCCUCCGAAGCUGCAGAGGAGGCCGAGGAAGAGGGAGACUCUGCAGCCCCCGAAGACGAGCAGGAACCCGAGGAAGACUUUGAGGGUGACACCCUUCAAGCAGCGCAGGAUAAGAUCAUGACCGAAUUGACUCGGUUGAAAGAUGACGACGGAGAGGACGUCGCCUAUCCCUUCAUUGGAAAGCCCGAUCGCAAUCUUUAUCGUGAUUACUACGAGAUCAUCCAGCACCCUACAUCCCUCCGGACCAUUCAAAAGCAAGUGCGCGGUACCGACAGUCGCAAGAAUCCUACACGAACAACCGCAUUUCCCACGUGGAAAUCCUUCGAGGACGAGGUCGCAUAUAUCUGGCGCAAUGCGAGAGAGUACAACGAGGAUGGCAGUGACAUUUCAACACUCGCGGGGAUUCUGGAGAAGCAUUUCAAGAGAAGGGUCGCCGAAGCCAAGAAACACGUUCCAGAUCCCAUUCAGGUAGAUGGCCACCCCGAAAAGCCUCGUAUCAAGUUGAAAAUGAGCGCAACCAAUCUGGAGUCGAGGCCGCAAAGAUUAACCUUGAAGGUGACUGGACAGACCUCCGAGACACCUUUCAAGGACGACGAAACGCCCUCUGGCGUCACAGGUGAUGGCGAUGCAGUGAAACGGCAACCAGACACGACGAGGACUACCUCGGCAAGCCAAGAAGCCGACACGCAUCGCAUAUCGCCACGAUACCGGUCUUUGCGACGACAUCUGGCUAGCCCCAGUAAAUCCAGCGCAGCAACCACGCCGUCUGUAGCGGAGCAGCCUUCAGCGGCAUCUGCGACGGCCCAAGAUGGACCAAGCGUGGUGAAGAGUGAGAGUGCGGGGCAAGUCCCUCCGCCCUCCGAGACCGCAGGAGCGCCGAACGGCUUGCAUAGUGUCCCAUCGGAGCCUCAAGAGACUCCUGCUCCUACCCCCGCUCCGCCGCCGGCUCCCGUGUCUCCCCUGGAUUCGGUCUUGAGGCGGCCAGGUCAAGACGCCAGCUCCGCUCUCAUUCGAAAUGUGCACAUUUCGACUCAUCCCUCCCUCGCAUUGCAACGAAGCUUCAGUUUAGAUAUUCCACCAUCCGACACUUUCUCUCAACAAUCAGUGACCAUCAAUCUCCCUGCAUCUCAUAAUUUGCUGACGAUCAGACCCAAGGUAUUACCGGGAAAUGCCCAGAGACAUGUCAAGAUGAUUGCUCUUGUGGGGGUGCAACGGCUUCAUCCGUCCACGAACGACCCAUCAGGACUGGCGUAUGAUCUUCCUCUGCCCCCGGGGACCACGAAGAUCGAUCUGGAAGCCAUUGCUGGUCCUGCACGGGGGGUCCCGAAAACUGGUCCUCCCGGCACAGAGAUCGAUUACGAGCGGGUCACUAUCUUUGUCAAUCUGCUGCGGUGA